CACCAUGCCUGCUCUCAGGCCUCUCGUGAAACCUAAGAUCGUCAAGAAGAGAACCAAGAAGUUUAUCCGGCAUCAGUCCGAUCGCUAUGUCAAGAUCAAGCGCAACUGGCGCAAACCGAGGGGCAUCGAUAACAGAGUUCGCCGGCGCUUCAAGGGUCAGAUCUUGAUGCCCAACAUCGGUUAUGGCAGCAAUAAGAAGACCAAGCACAUGCUGCCCACAGGCUUCAGGAAAUUCCUGGUCCACAAUGUCAAGGAGCUGGAGGUGCUCAUGAUGAGCAACAAGUCGUACUGCGCAGAGAUCGCUCACAAUGUAUCCUCCAAGAACCGGAAGAUAAUCGUGGAGAGGGCGGCCCAGCUCGCCAUCAAGAUCACCAACCCCAACGCCAGGCUGCGCAGCGAGGAGAACGAGUAGAGCAGCCUCUGCCUCCAGAGUGUAUUUAAUAAAGUGUAAAACAGACUG